AUGGACCAGACGGGUUCUUCCCGUGGGCUAGUCUAUCUAGCCUGAAUAAGUAUAGAACCCACCCGGCCGCCUGCGGAGUAAUUCCCCUCCGUCUCCUCCCGAAUCGACGAAAUCGCCGAACCCUAAUCCCCCUCCCGAAUCGACGAAAUCGCCGAACCCUAAUCCCCCACCGCCGCCUAGGUCUUCCUCUCUCCCCAUGGCGCCCAAGCAUCUUCCUCCGGAGUCCCUCCCCCACCGCAACCCCGCCGGCGGCUUCCACCCGAUCACGGUCCAUGUCCGAGUCAACAGGGACGGCACGUACCUCCCCAGGCAUCUUCCCGUCACGGGCGGGCCGUUCCGAGACUUCAGGGAUCUCGAAGACGCCGUCCGCGCGCGCUACGUCUCCAUCUACCUCUCCUGGCAUCGCCGGAGCAAGCACCGGGAUCUGCCCCCCCCUUCAACCGAUAGGAUGUUCCACUUCCUGUUCGUGGUGGCGGAUGGGAAGCAGGCUUCACCUCCUUCGUUGCAGGAACCUGCUGCAGGUGUCUCGUCCCUCAAGGAGUCGCUGAGCGCUACGACAUUGGAGGAGAACUCUGGGCAGCCGGAUCAGGACACUGUUAUGGCACCGACACCAUCGCCUCCCGGGUCAGGCAUUUGGGAACGAAUACGACGUGACUGGGGAUUAGCGUAUUACAUCAGGGUCGAUCUCGGGGGCUCUUUCCACACGUAUCCUUAUGCGGGAGGGCCGUUUCAGAGCCUAGAGGAAGCUGAGAAAGCCAUGGAUCGCUAUUUCCUUCAACAUCGGGAUCCAAAACUAUUAAUGCAUCAAGGCGGGGUUUCUUCACUGGAAAUGGCCAUAGAAGCAGCUCUUUACUGGCCUGAUGGCGCAAGGAAGCGUUCAGAAUCAGAUCACACUGAGAGAGCCCGUAAUGAAAGGCGCCGAUUACUUCAAGCUUUGGUGGACAAGUAUAAUGAGGAUCACAAUCUUUUGGGGGAUUUUGCUUAUGAACUCAAAGAUGUUGUGUGCUGCAAAGAAUUCAAUGAGAAGCGUGGGUGGUACUAUCAUCUCAAUUUCACGAUGACUAAAGGAGCUGAUCGUGGCAUCGAAGAUCUGUUCUUUGCCGAAGUUAAAUAUGUGCGACCAGUAAAACAAGAAGAAUUGUCGGUCAGCUGCUUCUGCAUGAUUAAUCCUACAGAUAAUGGACUCUGCUAUGGCUGUACCAACAAUGGAAGAGUCAAUAUGAAGCACCCCAACAGCGCUGAUGAAUACGUUGGUGGUCACUUGGAUGUUGGUAUGCCAUUUGGAUGCUAUUCAGAGUGGAGCUACUGGGAUUAUGACGAUGUGGAAGCAAAGAAGAAAGAGCUCAGAGUUGUGUUCACGGGCGCUUGUGAUCCUGAGAUGAAGGAAGUCUCCACUGUGCCUCCAAAUGAAUUUGUGCCGGAGGGCAGCGGAGAGGAGCUUUGUGUAUGAGAGCCAGAGAGCUGGACCCAGCACAAAAAGUUAGACCCAAGAGCAAGAGAUAAAGCAAAUAAUAAGUCCGUGUUUCCAACGGGUGUGCUUGGGCGUGUGAUUCUGAUGGAGCGUCCGGCGCAUCAUUAGGUAUUGACGAAAAGUUAAGUGCCGAGACUGAAGGCCACGCUAGCAAAUUGAGCAGGAUUUCCUUCCUAGCGCCUAUUGUUAGCGCCCCUGUUGGUCUUGUUGCUUUAUUAUUAGCUACUCCCUCCAUAAAGAGUACAUAAUACUCUGUGUGCUCGAUAUCUUUUUAAGUUUGGCUGUAUUGAUAUUGCGC